AUGGCACCGAGAAGAAGUGUUAAAAUUUCGUCUCUUGGUAAGAAAGUUUCAGCAGUUCCAGACAAAGCUACACGACGUAAAAAUACACCACCUCUGAAAGUACCAAGUGUCAUAACGAUCAGUAUUCCUGUUAAUAAAAGUAGUUUAGAUGUACCUGACUCUGUAAGAAAAAUAGACUUCAAUACUAAAAUUGCUUUAGCCGAUGAAGUGGCCAGAUCACAGUUAAUAAAGGAACCUAUUGCAGUGCAAAUAAACCCGCCUGUCCUCAAAAAUAAAAAAAGCCGUCCAAAAUUGGAAGAGACACAAUUAUUUAACUUAAGUACAAUCAAAACGGAGCCAGAGGAAGAAACAAAAUCAACCGCCACAACUGUUAAAAAGAGUAACAAAAAAACGCCUGGAAAGAUCCAACCAGCGACUAAAGUUGUUACAAGAAAGAGAGUAGCUGAUGCCACCAUACAAAAACCGGCAGUAAAACGGCAGAAAAAAAUUGCAACACAAGCUGCAAAUAAACAUGAUCCAGCAGAGAAUACUCCAGAACAACAGAAUGUAUCUGAAACAAAUACACCAGAACCAGAAAACGAAACCAAAACUAAUACAAUAGAAAAAAAAUUGCCAUUGAUAGGUGAUGUAAAAAAUCGAAGGUCACCUCGGAAAGUAAGUUCAAAAGAAGUAAAAUUACCUCCAAAUGAGGAGUCUGCCGAACAAAAAGUACAAUCAAAAGAUGAUUCUUUGACUAAAAGCUGUAUAAGUAAUAAAUCAGAUUUAACUAAUAGUCUAACCAGCCCAUCGGAACUUUCUACACAUAAUUUGAGGAAGAGAUUAAGACGAGGUAAGCAAGCAUGUGAUAUGUCAUUAGAAAAACCAUUACAGUCCAUACCAGAGAUAUCAUGUUUGAAAUCGCCUCAAAACCUCAAGUCCCCAAAACCAGAAGCUGCAAAUAAUAAAUCUGGUACCCCACAGUCUUUAGCCAUUACAAGUAAAAAGAGCAAUGAGGGCAAUGAGGUACAGAGAUUGAAGACAUUACGUGUGAGGCCAUCUAAACCACUGGGUAUCAAACAUAAUAAAAAAACGGAAGAGAAUAUUUCAAAGGGAGAUAAUACAGCGCCUGUUAAUUCUCGCCAGAAUUCUAUAAGUAGUAUUUCCAACCUUUCGUGGACUAGAGAUAUCUCAAGUUCAAGCACCACAACAUGUGUCACGGUGUCAUCAAAGGAUUUUGUAUGUAUCGACAAAAAAAUACCUCUUGUCAAACUCACCAAUGUUGAUAGCGAAAUACAUAAAUAUAAAUCUAAAUAUGUUCCUAAUGCAGAUAAUGCCGAUGAAGAUAGCAGUAGUAGUAGUAGUGAUGAUUCCUCGUCAUCUGAUUCUGAAUCUAGCGCUGAUUCCGAUUCUAGGAUAUCACCUUCAGGAUGUACUAGUGUUAAAUUGAACUCCUUACAUUUAAGUUCCCCAUCUCGUAAUAGUGUUGUUGAAAGUAAAGUCGAAGAGCACAAUCCUAACAAAAAAGAUUAUGGAAAAGCUGCAGAAAAGCUAAUGCAAGCCUUAAACAAAAUUGACAUGGAGUUCAUUAAUUGGAUCCAUGAUUCGGAUUUUGCCACUUCUGAUUUGAGUAAGAUUAAGGAGAAAUUGUUCACUAUUUUGAACAACGAGUUUUGUGCUCUUAGACACUGUCGAUAUUUACAAGAAAUUUCAAAUCCUGAAAGGACUAAGGAUCCUUAUCUUAACCUCACAAAUAGACCAGAAGUAGUUGAAAAUAAUAAAGAAAGGAAAAAACUUCAAACAAAAACUAUUGAAAGUAAUGCAACAGAAUUGAACAAAACGGAACGUAAUCACGAUGAACCUAAAACAGUUGUUUUUAAGCUAGUCAACAAUAACACAGCUGAAGGUGACGUCGUAAAAGGGAACAAUACUAAAUGCGACGCUGUAGCAAAGAAACUGUUUAAAAUUAACCAACCGUGUGAAAAUACAAGAUGGCUGGAUAAAGAUAGCCCAAAGAGAAGCGACAGAAAUGUUACGAGCGUCAAAGCAAGAGUUGAGACUGACCAAAUUACGAGUAACAUAGAUGAAAGUUAUCCGGAAGAAGCAUUUAUAAAACCCAGCACAAGUGGUUGUGGUGUCAGUAGUAAAGUACGCCGAGUAUCCGAAUUCAAUGAUAGUGCAUCUGAAAAUGAAGAUUUCACAGCAGAUGCAUACGCAAAUAAGUUAACUCAAAGUGCUCAUGAUGAUGACGACGCCCUAUCACUGUUUGCCGAAAGCAUCACUGGCAUAGAAUCUUCAAAAAUGAAUGCAUCCAUCAUGUCUACUCCUGCCGAAAAACAAAUCGAGGAAUACAUACCUAAACCUAUACAAAACCACUUGAUAUCUCCACCAAAUUAUUCAUACCGUCCGACAAAAAUUUCAGAUCAUGCUAAAAAUGUGAUUGUCAAAACUGUCUGUGAAAAACAAAAUGCUGACUCCACUUCUAUAUAUAAAGAAUCAAACGAUCUCCCUUCUGAAUAUAAAGAGUCUGAGAGCCUCACAGACAGUGUCGAAAGCAACCAAGAAGUUAUUCCAAAAUCUAGUGCUAUCCAAGUAAACUCACCUUAUAAUGUAAACAGUCCCUGUUUAAUUGCAAAUUUGUAUACACUAAAGCCCAAGAAACAUAAUGUGAUAUUUAGAGGAUACUGUUUCUUCAAUUUGAUUCACAGAUGCUCGUCUUCACUGUAUGGCAAACCGUGUCGAUAUUCGCAUGACAUACCCGAUGAAAAAGUAGUUAGCAAAAAGCUGUCUAUCUUAAGUAAUGAAAUACUACUGAAAGAAUAUAUGUUAAUUAGAAAGAACCAACACAUAAUGCGUAGGUUUGGCAUGUGUGUCUUAUUUGAAUGUGUAAAACGGAAACUCACAAGAGUUGUUGUGGAAAUUGCGUACGAUUUCCUUAUGAAAGGCGUUAAGGGCUUACAAAUAGAUGAAACUUUGAAGGUAACAGCUGUUGAAGUCGCACUUCUCUAUUUGAAUGAAAUCGAUUUAAGUGUUUGCGAGGAUAUACUGAAGCUCCGUGUUGGUGAUUCGCUACUGUGCGAAGUUUUCAUGCAAAUUAUGACGAGUACACAGAACUUUUCCCGAUUUAAGCCAGUGUUUUUGAGUCUCACAUAUUUUAUGGUGAAUAACGAUAGGACGUUCGGGCUCGAGGUCGCUGAACAAAUUUUAGAGCGCGUGUGUAUUUUGCCGUUCGACGAGACAGUUGUUAGGGCUUUGAUACAAAUAAUGCGUUUGACCAAACCGGAGAUUUUCCUUAAUUCAAUGAUAGUACAUUUCGAGAACUUAAUUUCACCGAGACAGGACAUUUUUGACGAAUACGCUUUGGUCAAGGGUGAGAUUAAUUUUGAGAAGUCGGUUAGUAAAGUUAAGGAACAGCGUCCGGUUUCGAUCAAUCAGCCAGUGAUGCCUCAAUCGGUGGACCACCCACUGUUGCUCCUACCAGUUGCUCAGCCCCAGAAAAUCCAGGCAGUAGACCAACCACUGAAUGUCCGGCCAGAGAUGAGAGAAUGCGUACCACUUCCGCCAUCUCCAGACACUACUCAUCUGGACAACAUGAACAAAAUGACAGAGGACCAUGUGACACCUAAAAUAACGAGAACAAUCCUGGGCUUCAGAUCAGCUCCAACCUCCCAAACAGCUGUUAUUAGUCCUAGCUCGUCUAAUGAAGAAAAAACACUAUCCCAUAAUAAAUGGAAAAAUAGGAGCAUACUCCAGAAAAUCGCCAAAAAUAAUUUCUUUUCACCUAGGCAAACAUCGCCAUUUAUGCGGUUUUCGGGAAUGCCCGGCCGACAUAUUAGGAAACGACAGUUUAAUCACCGACAAGUCACGCUUGGAAGGAGCCCUAUAGCAUAUCCACCUCCUGGACAAGAUUUCUAA